AUGCAGUCGCUCGCCGCGCGCGCGGCGCGCCCCGCGCUCGUGAAGCCGCGUCCCUCGAAGCCCUCGCGGCGCGUCUCCGUCCUGACCCCGCGCGCGUCCGCCCCCGGAGGGAGCGGCGACGAGAUCGAGAUCUUAGAGCAAGCCUUCGCGAAGGCGCCGGUGACGAAGAAGCUCUCGACGCCCGCGCUGCUCGCGUGCCCGAUAUGCCUGACGCCGUUCCCCGCCGGGUCGCUGCGAUGCGCGCGCUGCGCGCGAGACGCGUACCCGACCAAGGACGGCAUCUUGGACCUGUGCCUCGACGCGAACGGCGCGGCGGGCGCGUACGCGGAGCCGCAGCGAUCGGGGACGAGGCUCUUCCAGAGCGACGUCAUCUCCGCGGCGUACGAAAACGGAUGGAGGCAGUCGUUCGCGUGGGCGGGGUUCCCGGGCGAGGAGGAGGAGACCGAGAUCGCGAUGACGUUCUUGCGCGGCGCGGGCGCGACGACCGCGCCGCGCGCGACGUUGCUCGACGUGAGCUGCGGCAGCGGCCUCUUCUCCAGGCGAUUCGCGGCGAGCGGCGAGUUCGCGCACGUCGUCGCGAGCGACUUCAGCGCGUCGAUGAUGCGACAGACGAAGGCGUACUGCGAGGCGGACGCGAGGUUAUCGAACGCGCUGCGACGGAAGCCGGUGUGGGAGGCGGGGUGGGAGGAGGAGGACGCCGCCGCGAGAGCGAGCGCGUCGACGUCGACGUCGACGUCGACGACGUCGACGCGGCUGUCGUUCGUCCGCGCGGACGUCGGGCGGCUGCCGUUCGCGACUGGGUCGUUCGACGCCGUGCACGCGGGCGCGGCGAUGCACUGCUGGCCGUCGCCGUCCGCCGCGGUCGCGGAGAUAUCGAGGGUGUUGCGUCCCGGCGGGGUGUUCAUCGCGAGCACGUUUUUGGACCCGACGUCGAUGCUCGGGGACGCGCUGGGGAGCGACGAGAUGGUGCAGCCGUUGAGCGCGGCGUUUCGAGAGAGCGGGCUCGGCACGGGGGGCGCGUUUAACCAGUUUUGGAGCGAGAAGGAGCUCAGGGAUCUGACGACGGGGAUGUGCGGGCUGGAGCGGUUCGAGAGGAAGCGCGAGCGGCAGUUCAUCUUCUUCUCAGUGCGGAAGCCCGGAGGGAGGGCGGCGUGA